AGGGAUCAUGUGAUGGAGGAGUGAGCUCGCCUUGUUGUGUAGGGAUGUGAGACAAACACACACCGUUCAGAGUGUGUUCUCAUCCACACCGUCUUGUGACCGCUGCUGCUAAAACCUGAGCGUCUGGCGGAGAAGCUGCAGCAACCGGAGAGCUGCUUUCUCCUCCUCCCUGCUGCUGCUUCCAGCCGGACCAUCAAUGCCUCCAGACUGCUUUUCGCACAUCGGCCUGGACCAGUUCUCGACAUCGGGCCUCCUGCGCUGAGAGAAUGAAAGGAUGGCCGAGCAGCGGUGCGGCGGGGACCACGGAGGACUGACGGAUGCUGCUACAGCGACUCGCCGGGAUGAGCAGCAGCAUCACAGCACGAUGAAUUCACCGGAGGAAGCCGGAGCGGAGGACCUGUCUUUGGAGGAGAUCCUGAGGCUUUAUAACCAGCCCAUCAACGAGGAGCAGGCAUGGGCGGUGUGUUACCAGUGCUGCAGGACGCUGGCCAGGAAGCACCGGGGCAGGAGGAGCUCUUCUGCCGCUGCAGCCGCCGCCGGAGCCUCGUCAGCGGCGGGUCCGAGGAGGAUAUCUGGAUCUGGGGAUGUUAGGAUACAGAAAGACGGGUCUGUGAGGGUGGAACACCAGGACUGUGAAGAUAAAUACAGGCCUUGCACAACAACAGAGGUGAUCGAGUCUCUGGGCAUCAUGAUCUACAAGGCUCUGGACUACGGGCUGAAGGAGAAUGAGGAGAGGGAGCUCAGCCCUCCUCUGGAGCAGCUCAUUGACCUCAUGACCAACAUGGCCGAAGUCGAGAAGGACGCCUGCCCCGAUGAAGGCUACGAGGCCACUGAGGAAGAGGAUGAGGCAGAGGAUGAUAACAUCUCCAACACUCACGGCUACAGAGAUAUCCUAAAGCUGUGUACAGCUCAUCUACCCAGUCUGUCAGAUGCCCCCAGUCACUACCAGGCAGUGUGCCGGGCUCUGUACACAGAAACCAGGGAACUACGCACCUUCCUGGAGAAGAUCAAGAGUGCCAAAGAGAACCUCCGUAAGAUGGAGGAGGAGACGUCAGAGGAGCCUGGCCAAGAUCUGAAUGAGCUCCAGAAUGCUGACUGGGCUCGAUUCUGGGUUCAGGUGAUGAGGGACCUGCGUGAAGGAGUCAAGCUGAAGAAGGUGCAGGAGCGUCAGUACAACCCUCUGCCCAUCGAGUACCAGCUCACUCCUUAUGAGAUGCUCAUGGACGACAUUAGGUCCAAGCGAUACAAACUGCGUAAAGUCAUGGUCAAUGGAGACAUCCCACCAAGGUUAAAGAAAAGUGCUCAUGAAGUCAUCCUAGAGUUUAUCAGGUCCAGACCACCUCUCAAUCCUGUGUCAGCUCGUAAGCUGAAGCCACAGCAGCAGCCUCCUCCCACCCUGCAUGAGCGGAUCCUGGAGGAGAUCAAAGCAGAGAGGAAGCUUCGCCCGGUGUCGCCUGACAUGGUCCGCCGGGGAAGGCUGGGUUUUGGCAAAACUCGCAGUAUGCCACAGGAUUUGUUCCGUACAGGAAUAGAUGAGUUUAGUCCGUACAUGGGCAGGAGGGCGUCCAGCACUCUGUCUCUGAUCAACGGAUCAGCUUCUCCCAGAGUGGAACCAUCUGGAUCUCAGUCGGUACCUCAGAGGAAGAGACUUCUGAAGGCUCCCAGCCUCGCUGAGCUGGACAGCUCCGACUCUGAUGAUGAGAUUGUCGGGCGCACAUCAGCCAGCAGCUCCAGUGUGGCGACGUCUGUGAUGGAUGAUACAUCCCCAGAGUCUGUGCUGGGGAAGAAAACUCCACCCAUGUUCCUGCCCAUUUCCUCUACACCUCAGCCAGAGAGGCGUCAGACCCCUCAGAGGAGACACUCCAUCGAGAAAGAAACACCUACCAACGUCCGACAGUUUCUACCACCCUCCAAACAGAACUCCAAGUCUCUGGUUGGGAUGAUAGCCUCAAUUCACUCCAGGAUUCCCUUCUUCCUCCUCCGCCCCUCUCCCUCCACUCUCCAGCCUUUGCGGAGCUGCCACCCUGUUGAGGCGUUUGUGUUGGGGAUGGUGAAGGCAGUCUUUGCUCUGUGCAGAGGCAUUUAUAUGAGAUGGAGACAGUCAGCCAAGGAGGAGUUCUGUUUCCCUGUGGAGUGUCUGUCUCUGACGGUGGAGGAGGUGAUGCACAUCAGACAGGUGCUGGUGAAGGCAGAGCUGGAGAAGUUCCAGCAGUACAAAGACGUCUACACCGCUAUGAAGAAGGGAAAGCUUUGCUUCUGUUGUCGAACCAAAAGAUUUUCCUUUUUCACCUGGUCCUACAUCUGCCAGUUCUGCAAAAAGCCUGUGUGUUCACAGUGCUGCAAAAAGAUGCGGCUGCCCUCCAAACCUUAUUCCAGUUUGCCCAUCUACUCUAUUGGCUCGACUAACACUCUCCCCAGGCAGAGAAUAACUGCCAUGGCUGCUGUGGGACAAGGACUCUGUGUGGCUGAGGGGCCGGGGCCAUCAGCAGUGGAAGGGCCCGCUGCUCCCCCCACUCUGAAAGGAGCAACUAAAGCAGCAUCUAAAGGAGCUGCUAAAGCUUCCGGAGCAGCAGCAGGGGCAGCAGCUGCUAAAUCAGAUAAAUCCUCCAGUAGCCCGCAGCGCCACAGCAUCCAGAAGACCAUGUCCAAGUUUUCGAAGCACGGCUCUCUAAAGUCUCACGAAGAGCUGGAGCUUCCCCCCGAGAUGACGGAGGACUGGGCCUCCAUGGAGGUGUGUGUGGACUGCAAGAAGUUCAUCUCUGACAUUAUCGCCUCCAGCAAGCACAGCCUGUCACUGGCCACCAAGAGGGCUCGCUUAAAACGCAAGACGCAGUCCUUCUACCUGUCCUCCCCUAAAGGAAGGGAGGAUUACCGGCCCUCCGAACGAACAAUCAAAGAAAUCUAAAACUCUGUAUCUCUCUGUCUGGCUGCUUCCAGCUGCAGCUGCACAAUUCUAAAAACUCAGCACUGGGUUUGAUCUUGGUGUCGUCAGUACUUGAGUCAGAGAAAACAGAAUGGCUGAUGGUGGUUUUUGUUGCUGUGUCCUGAUCGUCGUGUAAAGCUCCUCCAGAGAACAGCAUACUGUAGAUCCACCAGUCUUUUUGCUGUUUUACAAUAUCAUUGAAGAAUAUCAACGAAGAUCCUUUAAUCCCUGGUCACAGACAUUUGACUGAACAGAGCAGCAGAACUCAAAGCCGACUGACUUCCCUCCCCUCUGAUAGCUCGGCAGUAUGGUUCGACUCAAAGCACAAUGCGGAAGAGAGGUCAUGUUGUAAACUGAGAGUGAAAAUACAGAAUACUAAACUGUACGUUUUGUAUGGGUUAUAAUUUAGUUUUUUACAUACGUGUGUACAGUAAAUGAUUGUUCGAUAAAAUGUCACCUGCUCUUUUUAGUUUGGAUUUCUCCUCUCUGAUGCUGUCAGCACUCUUCAAAGCAUGUUUGUUUUUCAUGAGGAAUGCUCUCCACGUUUGAUUUGAAAUCACCAAAUGACAGUGCCAAAUGAUACCUUUAUUCUUGUUACUCACAAUUUUUCCCCUUGAUGGACAUUUGAAGUGAUCUUACAACAAAAUUGGCCAACACCUACUCAUUAAACCCCCUCUUCACAGCAUUCUUGCUAUUUAAUACUCAUAAACUUAGUUAAUAUACUUCAUUAGAACUGUGUAGAUGUGGUUUGAUUGGAUUUGACUCAUGGCAUUCUGCUGCUCCAGUGAUUUAGUAUUGUACUUCUAAAAGUUUUUUUUAAAAAUGGACAAAUUACCACCACAAAAGAGAUAUUGCUGAUAUAUUGUCCUUUAAAUCCUACAUAAGUGUAUCUGUCUUUAGUUUAACCCUCCCUGACUGGUAAAUGUGCAUGCUGUAACACAGCUUUUCUGUAGUAAACUCAUCUGAGUCUCAAUCUUAGUAUGAAACAACCCAGAUUUUAUGACACGACUGUUCUCAGUGGUUGUGAAGAUUUUCUGUGUACAAUCAGUGCAGUACUUCUAUGAGCUAACCUCUCAAAAGCACAAAGAAAACAUCCUCAUAUGAAAGAACUAACACUUUAAUGGAGUUGAUACAGAAGCAGGUUGCUCAUACUUAGAGGGUUUUUGAGGAAAUUUAGUUUUAGGGCCUUUAAAGCACAUUGCUUAACCUGCUUAACUCAUGCUGAAAUACAACAUUAUCACCUACAGUAUCGUGUAGGAUUUUUAAACUUGCCUUUUAGUAAUUUACAUAAAAAAUACAUGUAUUUUUGCAUUUUUUAAAAUGUACCUUUACAUUGAUGAAUAUCAACAUAUGUUAAAUCCUUCACUUUUCUUUAUGUUAACUUUUCCUGUUGUGUUUGUGUUGUGUUAAUAUGACUCAUAAUUAAACGCCUCAUGUACAGAUGAUAAAUCCAAGUUCACUGUAAAAACAGCAAAAAAUGAUAACACACUGUCCUGCUGUUUAACACAUAAAGCAAGUCUUAAAGUAAUGCCUUUAUGAUUUCCCCUUUGCCAUUCAGAUUCUCACAGGCAGGAAUUAAUAUCUGCACUGUCGGCUCGGUGUUUAUUUGAUUCUUCAUCACGUUCCUCAUCUUCCUCCUGACAUGUUUCUGCCUUAAAAGUUGCCUUUUAUUGUCAUUCUCACACGUUGAACAGUCAUCUACUGUUACUGUACAUACUUUGUUUCUACUGGUUUGUUUGUAGAUCAGGUGCGUGUUGCCUUGACGAUGACAGUGAGACUGCUGUAGAAGCACGUCUCUGAAGGGAAACGUUCCCAGUACAGUGUGUUCAAGUCAUAGUGGAGGGGAGGCGUGUGACAGACAGCAUCAUGCAUGUACUACAGUGUAGCUUGUACCUUCAAUCUGUAUUACCUUCAAGCUGUAACUCCUGGCAGAGAGUGCAACAAAUGAUGACUACAACAAUAAACUGUAAUGCAAUACCUGGAAA